AUGCCAUUUGGUCAAAUCGUGAUAGGACCCCCGGGUUCGGGAAAAUCAACUUAUUGUUUUGGAUGCAACCAAUUUUUCAAUGCUAUUGGUAGAAAUGUAAAUAUUAUUAAUAUGGAUCCAGCUAAUGAUUCUUUACCCUACCAAUGUGCUGUUGAUAUAAGAGAUUUCAUUACUUUGGAGGAAAUUAUGGAUGAAAAGCAAUUGGGUCCUAAUGGUGGUUUAAUGUAUGCUUUGGAAAGUGUCGAAAACUCAUUGGAGCUUUUUUCGUUGCAAGUCAAAUCAUUAUUACAAGAAGAAAACAGCUAUUUAUUGUUUGAUUGUCCAGGACAAGUAGAACUCUUUACGCAUCAUGGAGCCUUAUUCAACAUAUUUAAAAGAUUAGAGAAAGAGAUGGAUUUGAGAUUAUGUGUAGUGAAUUUAAUAGAUUCUAUUUAUUUAAAUUCUGCUUCCCAAUACAUUAGUAUAGUUUUGUUAUCUCUACGGUCAAUGCUAAUGAUGGAUUUGCCUCAGAUUAAUGUAUUUUCGAAAAUAGAUAUGCUCAAACAAUAUGGAGAUGAGUUGCCAUUCAGAUUAGAUUAUUAUACAGAUGUUCAAGAAUUAGAAUAUUUACAACCUAUUAUAGAAAAGGAGAGUAGUGAGAAUUCAUACAUGGGCAAAAAAUUAAAAAAAUUGACCGAGAAUAUUAGUGAAAUUAUUAGUGAUUUUAAUUUAGUCUCUUUCGAAGUUUUAUGUAUUGAUGAUAAACAGAGCAUGAUUAAUUUACAAAUGGUUAUUGAUAAAGCUAAUGGCUAUGUUUUUGGGGCCUCUGAGAUAGGCGGUGAUACUGUUUGGGCGGAAGCAACAAGACAGCAAGCAGGGAUCACCAAUAAUGUAUAUGAUAUUCAAGAGAGGUGGAUAGAUAAUAAGGAGGAAUAUGACAAAGAAGAGGAAAGGAAAAGAAAAGAACUUUUAAAAGAACAAGAAAUAUUAGAUAAACCCUUAGAAAACCUCUCCAAGGAAUUGGAUCCUGAAGUUGAGUGGGAACGCGCUGUCAAGGAAUGGGAAGAGAAAACCUAA